AUGGGUUCAUAUACCUUCUUCUCUUCCAUUCUCUAUUUUUUCCUUCUAGCUACAUUGGUCACAUCUUCUCCAUUCCUAUCAAAUGACAUAUUUGAUUCUGGUGCAUCCACUGGUCGUUCCCUCUUACAAGCUAAGAAAGCUUGCACGGUUGAUUUUGAGAGCAAAAACUUCACAAUCCUAACAAGUCAAUGUAAAGGUCCACAAUAUCCUCCAAAGAUUUGUUGUGGUGCAUUUAAAGAAUUUGCUUGUCCAUUUGCUGACAACAUUAAUGACUUAACAACAAAUUGUGCUGAAGUUAUGUUUAGUUACAUAAAUCUUUAUGGAAAAUACCCACCUGGAUUAUUUGCUAAUGAGUGCAAAGAAGGGGAAUUAGGUCUUGAGUGUUCAGAUGUUAAAAAUACUACUUCUAGUAGUGUUCUUGUGCAUGCUCCUAACACUAUGUUGGUGGUUUCAUAUGUUGGUUUUAUUGGAUUUAUUUUCCAUUUGUUCUGA